AGUCCGCGGCGACCGCGGGCGAAGAGGACGGCGGGGAACGCGCCUCCGCGGGGGUGUGGAGCCACAGGAGUCGGAGCGCGGUCCGCGCGGACGCGGCCCCGGGGGAGCCUCAGACCGGGCGGGGCGGCCGUGGAGGAGACGGGGUCGCCGGCCCCACUGCCCUCGCCGACAUGCACAACGAGAGCUUCUCGGAGCCGGGGCCCGCCAACGCGUCGUGCCCGGGGCCCGCGCUGGGCUGCCCCAACGCGUCGAGCCUGCCGCCGCCGCUGCCGCCGCCGCUGGCCGUGGCCGUGCCCGUCGUCUACGCGGUGAUCUGCGCGGUGGGGCUGGCUGGCAACUCCGCAGUGCUGUACGUGCUGCUGCGGGCGCCCCGCACGAAGACCGUCACCAACCUGUUCAUCCUCAACCUGGCCAUCGCCGACGAGCUCUUCACGCUCGUGCUGCCCGUCAACAUCGCCGACUUCCUGCUGCAGCGGUGGCCCUUCGGGGAGCUCAUGUGUAAGCUCAUCGUGGCCAUCGACCAGUACAACACGUUCUCCAGCCUCUACUUCCUCACGGUCAUGAGCGCCGACCGCUACCUGGUGGUGCUGGCCACGGCCGAAUCGCGCCGGGUGGCCGGCCGCACGUACCGCGCGGCGCGCGCCGUGAGCCUGGCCGUGUGGGGGCUCGUGACGCUGGUCGUGCUGCCCUUCGCCGUCUUCGCCCGGCUCGACGACGAGCAGGGCCGGCGCCAGUGCGUGCUGGUCUUCCCGCAGCCCGAGGCCUUCUGGUGGCGGGCGAGCCGCCUCUACACGCUGGUGCUCGGCUUCGCCAUCCCCGUGUCCGCCAUCUGCGUCCUCUACGGCGUCCUGCUGUGCAGGCUGCGCGCCAUGCGGCUGGACAGCCACGCCAAGGCCCUGGACCGCGCGAAGAAGCGGGUGACGCUCUUGGUGGUGGUGAUCCUGGCCGUGUGCCUCCUCUGCUGGACGCCCUACCACCUGAGCACCGUGGUGGCGCUCACCACCGACCUCCCGCAGACGCCGCUCGUCAUCGCGGCCUCCUACUUCAUCACCAGCCUGAGCUACGCCAACAGCUGCCUCAACCCCUUCCUCUACGCCUUCCUGGACGACAGCUUCCGCAGGAGCCUCCGCCAGCUGCUGGCCUGCCGCGCUGCCGCCUGACCCCCGCCCCGCCCCGCGCGCGCCCUGCGCCCGGGUCCCGGCCGCGCCAGCCCCGGCGGGUGCGGAGGGAGCAGGCGCCCGCGGCGCUCGGAAACUUGCUGGAGACGCAGAUUCCCUGAGGCUCCGGCUCAGACCUCGGGAAUCCGACGCGCUAGGGCUGCGUCCGAAUUUGAAUUGGUGAAGCCCUCCCGAGGAUGCGGGAGCACACUGAGUAUAAGGACUGUUGCGGCCGAGGACGCACGCUCACUUCUCUCUAAUGCCAAAGGACACCGAGUCGACCCCCCGAGUUUGACAGGGGAGGGGAGGAAUGGGGAGGGGAAGGGGGCCGGUUAUUGCUGGGAACCCUCUGCGCCGCCCCCCUCUCUCCUGCCGCCCAAGGCGUUCGCAACCCAGGCUCUAGGUGGAGCCCUCGACUCUA